AAGCCUUACGUGACAAACGUCCUUUAAGUGAAAGGGGAAACAAAGUAAAUUUCCGCGAAAAUUAAUUAAGUGGAUCAUUUGAUCGAAAAUUCUUAAGACAAUAACGACACUGUCAUACUCCAUUCUUUUAUCAUAGAUUUGUCUUUGGGAUUAAAAAGUAAUUAAGGCUGUUAAAGUCGUUCUGAUAUUAAUUAAGAUAACUUUAUAAAAGUACAGAACAAUGUACGGAUGGUUGCUUGAAAGUGUACAACAUUUUGUUGUGCAAGAAUGUGGCGAAGAAAUAUGGGAGACCAUAUUGCGAGAGGCUGGCGCAAGAAACACAGUUUUUAGUGCUACACAGCAAUAUCCCGACGCGUUGAUGUUACGCCUCGCAAGUGCAUUAGCUGGCCUUUUUUCUAAAGAUUCCAAUAGUCCAGCGACAUCUAUGCCCUGCAGUCCAGCUCCAAGAAAACCAUCCUUGAAAUCGAAACCAACGUGGCGAAGUGCUUCUGUCCACACAGAUAACAGAGGUCAGCCUUUCAGAUGUCCCUUCACAGCUACGAACGUACUGACAGCUGUAACAAAGAAAGAGAUAGAUGCCUACAAUUCAUCGGAAGAAAUAUCUCACAGUGUCUCCAAAUCUUGGGAUAGGAUCAAUGAGGGCAAAGAACUUGAAAUAAGCAAUAUAAAAGAAGUUAAACAUAAUAGAAGAAGUUUAGCGAUCAAAUUCGAAGAUCACAGAGAAAAGAAGGAAUGGAUAAAUGAAUGUCCUGAAUCAAAUGAGCAGGUAAAAAGUACAGAUGACUCAGAGAAUAAAUCAACUGAAUCUGAUAACAACAGAAAAAGUUCUAUUAAAAGAUCAAGCUGUACUGGAGCUUUGGAAGUGUACAGGCGAAGAGGAUCUGGGGUUCCUCGCUUGAACAGUCUCAUUCUUGUUAAUGGGGACAAAUUGAACGCUAUGCGGGAAAAAUUCGCCACCCCCGAAAAGGUUAUGCAUUUCUUCGGCAGGUGCUUUGUAAAGUUCUUCAGCAACUAUGGCUACGACACAAUGAUCCGCGCUACUGGACGGUACUUCUGUACGUUCCUGCAGUCAGUGGACAGUAUACAUCAACGGAUGAGGUUCACCUUCCCGCGGAUGCGUUCACCUAACAUGCAGCUCACGCGUGCUCACAGGCACGGUGCCGAGCUUGUAUACAGCAGUGGAAGGACUGGUUUUACCCAUUAUCUCAUGGGCCAAUUGUAUGAGAUUGCCGAAGAUAUAUUUUCCUUGAAGCUGAAGGUGUCAAUAUUAAAAGAGAGCAUGGAUGGCAACUACUACGUUGCCGUAUUGCGAUUAGAAUUUGAUAACAGUGAUUAUGUACAAUCGCUUAUGUUCCGCAAAUCAUUGCCAUGUCCACUGCCCCCAGUUCCCGCCUCCUUACUACUCCAACUGUUCCCUUUUGGAGUUCUGCUCGACAGAAGAAUGAAAAUUCUCAUGGCUGGAGAAAAGCUAGUGGAAGCAUGGGGAGGCCCGUGUAGUCGUAUUGAAAAGUCCCCUAUUUCUGAGAUACUUCGACUGAGAAAACCAAAAGUAUCAUUCACAUGGGAUAAGGUAGUGUGUAUGCAAACGAUGCUGUUUGAGCUGGAACUGAUGCGUUGGCGCGCCCGAUGCACAGGAGAAACCAGGCGUGGGAGUCAGGGUGCGCGUUCCAUACUGCUCAAGGGACCGAUAUAUUUGCUCGAAGAAAUUGAUGCACUAGUCUUCUUGUGUAGCCCUAUUUUCAAUGACUUGGAUGAGCUACGACAGGCAGGUCUGUACGUUGCUGAUUUAAACGGCCACGGUCUCUCGCAGUGGAUGCUUCUAGAGGGUUGGCAGCACUUGUCCAGACUGGAACUACUCUUUGAGAAGGCGGAAAGUAGAUCGAUGUCUCUAGAGAAGUCAUGUCGAUUGCUAGACCAAUGGAAAAAGAGAGGAGAUCAGCUGUUGUAUUCGAUGAUUCCUAAAGCGAUAGCAGACCAUUUACGAGCUGGGAAAGAUCCUAUGGCAGCUUGUCAGGCAUUCGAAUCUGUGACCGUAAUCUUCUGCGGCGUGCAACUAGCGGAGGCCGGCACUCGUGCUGACGUGAUGCAGACUGUGGCCUACAUGAACGACAUAUACUCCAGGAUAGACAGACUCCUUGACACGCAUCGAGUUUACAAGGUAGAGACAGUGGGCACGGUAUACAUGUUGGUGUCAGGAGCACCAGAGCGUCGACGGGCGCACGCGGCCGCUGCCGCCAGCGCCGCGCUUGCCAUCUCACGUGCAUUGCCCAUGCUGACUGUAGGAAUCCAUUCGGGGCCCUGCGUAGCGGGCGUGCUGGGACUACGACUGCCCCGGUACUGCCUUGUUGGGGACUCUGUCAACACUGCCAGCAGGAUGCAGACUACAUCCGAGCCAGGUAAAAUUCAGAUAUCGGCGCAAACAGCAGCUGAACUGCCGGCGGGUAGAUUCAGGCUCCGGCGACGAGGACUCAUCAAAGUUAAGGGUAAGGGGAUGAUGGAGACAUUCUGGCUGGAAGGAGAAAUAGAGGAAGAGGAGCAAGAUGAGGCUCUGCAAUUAUUUUCAGCACUUUGCGGAGAUAAUUAGGAAAUUUAAUAUUUUAAUCAAUUAUCAGGUUUGAUGAUAGAAUGAACGGUAAACGACCAGUACAAGAGAAUCUUUAAUGACACUUACUUAAUUAAAGUCACAAAACUGCCAUAUUUUUUUAUAAACGGAAUAUUAAUCCGAUCUGCGGUAUCAGUAUACUCAGGCGGAACUCCAGGGACUGAUGAUUGGUGAGGAUGAAGUCAGGUUAGUUGAUGUUUACUCCAAAGAAUCCUGACAUUGAAAAUGGUAUUGUAGAUAAUACUAUACAAUAAUACCAUAGGUAUAUUAUUUUUUAUAAAUAUUUAAAAGGAAAUUUUAAAUUAAUUUCAAAGAAAUAAGACUCUGAUAACUAGAUAAUAAUUUAAUAUCAACAGACGAAUUAAAUUCGUAUUUCCGUAUUUAGAGUCAUUACAAUAUUUUGUGUAUUUUAAAUAUAUUAAAAUUAGAUAAUGUAGUAAAUUAGUUGCCUAAAUGUUUGCUAUAUUUAUAAGUGACAAUUUGAAUAACAGGUUUUUACUAUGUGGUGUACAAUUAUAAAAUAAAACUAAAUAAAAUAAACAGGUUUACUAAAAAGAGGUGGCACUAUGUGGGAUCGAUAGAAAUGAAACUUCUAUAUAUAGUUUUUUAUGGAACUUUGAUUGACAAACAAUGUAAACAUAUUCCAUGAGAUGAUCUGUUAACUUGUUUAACAAUCUAUGAAUAUAUAGAUAUAUACACUUGAAUUCCAUGACCGUCACUCAAUACACCGUACCACCCGUAGUACCAUUCACAUGUUGUCAUUCCUGUGUUAUGCUUCCAUACCCUGUAACUUUUCUAUGAUUAAUCGCUAAAUUUACAUAUUACUGCAGCUAUUCCCAUCCAAUUGAAUUUUUGUAUAUGUACUAUUAUAAUUUUAUAUAAUAUAGAAGUUUCAUUUCACCUUUUUUUUUAUUUUGGAAACCCUAAAAAUUACCACGUUAUCUAAAAAGUGGCAACACUUUACAGAAAUUCAAUUACACCAUAAUUACACAAGGCCUAAGAAAUCAUAAUCGUGUUGAAUAUUACGAAGUAGUUGCUUAUCUAAGUGUAAAAAUAUGUAUGUAAUAAUGUAUACAGAAUAUACGCUAUGUUUACUAUUUAUUUUAUUGCCAACUAUAGGAAUAAAAUGCAUUUGUGGCAACACUACAAUGGCAAUCAAAUCUAAUGAAUAUCUUUUGCGAAAUGUUUCUAUAUGAUGAGGUCCGUUUUGCUCCGUAUAGUGAUGUCACAAUUGCAUAUUUUUGUUCUACCAUAAGACAAUUUGUUAAAUAUUUCACUGUAUUAUAUUAAACGUUGGUGUAUUUAAGGCAUGGCCUUACAUAUGGUCAUAUACACAUACGGUCAUAUACGCAUAUAGCCAUAUACUCAUAUGGUCAUAUACACAUAUGGCCAUAUAUACAUACAUGGCCAUAUACACACAUGGACAUAUACACACGUGGCCAUAUACACAUAUGGCCAUAUACGCACAUGGUCAUUCAGACAUGUGUUUGCCCAUAACUGAAAGCUUCGUUGCUGAUACUGGAAUGAGCACCAGACAAUUCUGAAGUGGCAUGGUAUGUAGUGAAGGUCACAAAUCAACUUUGAUUGUAAACGAUUACAACAUACAGUGGAGACAUUAUUUGAUAGUGAGACGGCCUAUGGCCUAUACCAUAAUACUCGUAUCUAAAUGUUGGCACUAUAACGCUAGGACGGGUGGAGUUACAUUACGAACAAUUUAGUGAAUCGAAUAUAAUGAAUUGUAUAAUUAUGUAUGUUAUAUGUACAUGUUUCACUUUAAAAGAAUAAAAUAUAUUGAAAAAUAACACAUUUGUAUUCAUUAAAAUAUUUAAAUAAUAUAAAAUCCUUAUAAAUUAUAUACUUUUAAAUAUACAAUAUUUUCAUACUAUUUCACUUAUGCAAUUAAGGGGAUUGUGGGUGACACAAAUAUAUUCGAUUUCUAAACAUCAUGUCUAUCUUACGAACAGACGUCAUAAUAAAUUAAUAUAAAAAAUAUAAAGAAAAGGUUAAGGCACUAAUUAUAAAAUAAAAUACAAGAUAUUUAAAACUACCUAAGAAUAAU